ACGCGCGCCGUCGCCUCGUGUCGGUCUCCGCCCGCCGCUCCAUCACCACACACGCGCGCGCACACACACACACACACACACACACACACACACACACACGCGCGCGCGCAGUGAGAGUGAUCUACCGGAACCAUGAAGGACCGCAUGCAAGAACUUAAACACGGGAAGGAAACAGCCGAGGAGGAGGAUGAAGUCGCUGUGGGGAUGGACAAAGGAUUCAUGGACGAAUUCUUUGAACAGGUGGAGGAGAUCCGGGGUUUCAUCGAGUCUUUGGCAGAGAAAGUGGAGGAGGUGAAAAGGAAGCACAGCGCCAUCCUUGCCUCCCCGAACCCAGAUGAGAAAACUAAGGCUGAGCUGGAGGAUCUCAUGGCAGACAUCAAGAAGUUGGCCAACAAAAUACGCUCCAAAUUAAAGAGUAUCCAGCAAACCAUUGAGCAAGAAGAAAGCCAGAACAAGUCAACAGCUGACCUGAGAAUACGCAAGACACAGCACUCCACGCUUUCCCGCAAGUUUGUGGAGGUGAUGUCAGAAUACAACACCACCCAGUCAGACUACAGGGAGCGCUGCAAGGGACGCAUUCAGAGACAGCUGGAGAUCACUGGGAGAAACACAACAAACGAGGAGCUAGAGAGCAUGUUGGAGAGUGACAACCCGGCCAUCUUCACCUCGGGGAUCAUAAUGGACAACAUCACCGAGCAAGCUAUGAACGAGAUAGAGACGCGGCACACCGAGAUCAUCAAGCUGGAAAAUAGUAUCCGGGAGCUUCACGACAUGUUCAUGGACAUGGCCAUGCUGGUGGAGAGCCAGGGGGAGAUGAUAGACCGCAUAGAGUACAAUGUGGAGCACUCGGUAGACUAUGUGGAGAGGGCGGUAUCAGACACUAAGAAGGCGGUUAAAUACCAGAGUAAAGCCCGGAGGAAGAAAAUAAUGAUUAUUAUAUGCUGUGUGGUUCUGGGAAUUGUCAUCGCUUCCAUAGUUGGGGGGACGCUGGCCUGAACCUCGAACGCUGUCACAACACACGUCGAACAGCCACACAAACAACGGAGCAAAAACACGACAGAUUCACAUUUUCUGUUCUCAUGAGUGCGACCCAUUACAUGCGUGCCGCGCGGUUCAUUACACGCUGUACGACACGUGGCCAGAGGUGUUCUUUAGCAUGAGUUGCUAUUCGGUAAAUGUGUGGUGCUGCGAACUGUUUAUCUGAGUGUUGAGUGUUGUCAACGAUAUGAUGUUUCAAAUAAAGUGAAUUCCUGAAUGAAAACAAUAUAUGAAAUGUAACGUUAUACUAAUACAUUCCAGCUUCCAAAUAUAGCACACAUAUUCAAUUGUAAUGUCUAUUUUGUGUUGUAUAGUUAAAGUGACAGGCCACUAGUCUGCAGUGGUUUUUAAAACAAAGUUUUCUAUUUAAAUUGGAUUUACCUUUUUAUUUUUGCGUUCUCUCUAUAAAGUCCUCUGCCUCCCUUCAGGAGUCCUGCAUGGUUUAGUUCCCUGUAAAUUGGUGUUUGUUUUCUAUCUCAAGGGGAGAGGAGAAUUGUUGGAUUGUUUUUGCUCACAUUCGUUGAACUGCCAAACGUUUUCCUUGUGGUUUACAGACACAGUGCUGCUGUAAUUUACUUCAUCUGGCCUUACCGGUUUGGCAGCUUUUCUUGCAGCUGCUCCGCGUUGAGUGUGAGCGUAUGAACGUGGAAGGAGGAAAUGCGUGUGCUCGUUCGUAGCUUCAUAUUUCAACCUGCCGUGUGCGAGUCGUAUGAUGACAACAUGACUGAGCGUUAUUAGCCACCCGUGUCUUUGUUUUGUAUGAAGUGUAAACCGAUAAAAAAAAAGCUCUCUAUCACUGCCAGUAUGUUCAAAAAAGCUGUUAAAAUACUCUAGUCUGGUUUGGAUUGAUUAUUCUGGUCUGUAAGUGACAAAUCCUUGUUUUAUGUAUUUUUACAAACAGAACGUAUCCUUCUGUCAAGCAACUUUACUGUUUAUUUUUAUGAGUAAACAUCAUGAAAAUACUUUUUUUCAGUUUUCUGGUCACACAUCAGACAAGCAGAGACUGCAACCAUGUUGCCGGCUCAACUCCUUGUCUUUGUGUUGUAUUGUGAUGACAUGGUUUGAGUGUUUGAUUUGAGCUUGUUUUUGUUCAGUUCUCUUAGUAAAGUUUGUCUGAAAAAAA